AUGGCGAGGAAAGGCUCAAAGAAGGCCAAAAAGCAAAUACCCGAGGCAGAAGCCACCUAUGAGGUAAACCCCCUCAUUGUCCUGAUCUACCUCCCGAAUGCCUCGGGCUUGUCACCCGGAGCUCAUAUCGAGUCCAUCUGGGGCUACCGGAAUAUCGAGGGAAAGCAGGAGUUCCUUGUCAAAUGGCUAGGAUAUCCGGUCUCGGACAACACAUGGGAGCCACUGGAGAACCUCGACAACUGCUCAUUUAUCGUUAACGAGUUCCUCGUCUCCUACGGGAUCUGUGAGCUGCGAGGAAGAGCCGAGGUAUCAGUAAGACCUCAGGAUCUGCGUCCGACCGUACAGGACACAUUCUCAUCUGCCAGCAUCCUUGCAGCACAACAGGCUGCAGCCACCCGAUCGGCACUUUUGUUCCGUCCCCAGUCCAGAACCCCAGCUCAUCGCAGUUCACGCUCCGUUUCGAGAUCUCGAAGAGCAAGGAACGCGUCCCACUCUCCUUCUCGUUUGGAGGAUGUCGAGUCGAUAUACCAGACACGCGUACGGGAUCGGGAGCUGCGUGCAUUCGAAAUACUUUUCAAGGACUCAAAGGGACCUGAGAUCAUUGUGGAGAACACUGUUGACUCGGCGGGGCGUCCCAAGCAUUUCAAGUAUAUCAACGACUCUGUCUACGGGAUGGGCGUUCCACAACCAGACCCCGACUUUAUCCUCUCCUGUUCAUGUGCACCAGGAGAGUGUGGACUUAACGACAACUGCAGCUGUAUGAAGGAGGCAAAAAUCUUCAACGACAGUGGCGCAUUUCCCUUCGAGAGUGACGGCAAAGUCGCAGCACAGGCGAACAAACUCUUGUGGGAGUGCAACUCGAAGUGCGGAUGUGGCCCUAGUUGCACCUGGAACUACUCUCAGCGGCCACGGCAACUGGCGUUGAAGAUCAAACGUUUCGAGGGUAAAGGAUGGGGAUUGGUUUUGGAUCAGCGGGAAUCGGUGCCUCCACGAACCUUCGUCUCGCGGUAUGUGGGCGAGAUCAUCACGAACAAGGAGGCGGAGCAUCGAAGCCAGAUGCAGGACAGUACCGGAACGACGUAUCUCUUUGACCUUGACUACAACGCGGAAAAACAAGCCACCUACUCGAUCGAUGCUUGCAAGCUUGGAAACGAGACGCAUUUCAUCAACCACUCUUGCGACCCCAACCUGUCGGUCUACAUGUUGAAGAGUGGUGGUAAUGGUGGGGAUGAAAAUCUGAUGACGCUGAGUUUCUGGUCGAACCGCUGGAUCAAGUAUGGUGACGAGCUGACGUUCGACUACAACGGAAAGUAUGUCCCAGAGUGGCACAGGGAGUUCAUUGGUGAAGCCAGCCAAUCCCAAGGCACGCUGCAUCCUGGAGAGGGUACGACGCCCUGUCACUGCAGCGCCACCAACUGCCGCAAAUGGGUCCAUCUUUGA